AUGGCUUCUCCCGUCCACAUCGAUACAAGCGAGAAGCCAAACAAGCAUUUCUUGGCUCCUCCAGAGACAGCAGGAGCAUUAAGCCCGACAGAGUCAAGAGAGGCAGCCAGCCGUUUGGUUGAUGACUUGGAGCUUCUAAGAGCGGAACGCAUCGUUAGCAACCAGGAGAAUGAGGCACGACGGUCUAGAUCAAAGAACCGUCGCGAUUCGGAACACGAAGAUGCCUUCAACACUGUCAGCAUUGCAGUCCCGACAAUGGAGACCAAGGAGAAGAAGCCAACCUUCCUGAACAAGCUCUGGGAGAAACUAAAGAAUUUCCCGCGCGUCCUGCGAUACCUCCUGUACUGGUUGCCAGCGGCUGUGGUUUUACUAACACCUAUCCUCAUCGCUGUAUAUGCCGUUGAUACUCAGUCGGCUCCGGUUGGAGGCAAGGGCGGCGUUCUGUUACUAUGGUUCGGUAUCUGGCUCGAGAUUGUCUGGGGCGUGCUCUGGGCCAGCAGGAUAAUCACGGCGGUUCUGCCCAUGCUGUUCGGCGCCAUUGCGAACAUGGUCGGAUCAAGCAAUCACAAGAAAUGGAAGGACAUCGGUAGCCAAUUGGAGUUUCCCACUGCUCUAUUCCUCUGGUUGUUGGGUGUGCUCUGUUCAUUCCUCCCAAUCAUGAAUAGUCAUCGAGCAUCGAGUGGCGACUGGUCUGAUGGCCGGCCGUACAUCAAGUGGAUUGAUAUUGUUAACAAGGUCAUUAUUGCGCUCUUUGUACUCGCGGCGUUGAAUCUCGUGGAGAAAAUCCUCAUCCAAUGGAUCGCAACAUCGUUUCACUUGCGGACAUACGCCUACCGUAUAGAGCAGAACAAGCUAGAGAUCAAUUUUCUUGUGCAGCUGUACGAGUACUCAAAGAUCAGGAUUGCCCAGGAAGAUCCUAUCUGGGAUUCUACUACAGCGCAGGGAGGCACGUCUGGCACCCGCACGCCGAUGAAAGCAAUCCAGAACAACGCUCGACAGGCUUGGAAUCAGAUUGGUAAUGUGGCUAACAAGAUGGCGGGUGACUUUACUGGUAGGAAGCUCCUGAGCGCAAAUCAUCCUCGUAAGGUCGUCAUCGAACUCCUUCGGACCACAUCGACAGCCCAUACACUCGCUCGGUUGAUCUACCGGACUCUUGCACGCGACAAUCGGGCUACCAUUACCCUGGACGACAUGAAGGAAGCUUUUGCCAACCCAGAAGACGCUGAGGGUUGUUUUGGUAUUUUCGACAAAGAUCUCAACGGAGAUAUCUCAAUGGAAGAGCUGGAAAUCGUCUGCAAUGAAAUUCACCUCGAGAAGAAGGCUAUCGCUGCUUCUCUCAAAGAUCUGGACUCUGUUAUUAGCAAGCUCGACAGAGUUUUCCUUUUUAUCAUCUUUAUCAUCGCAGCUAUUGUCUUCAUUUCCGUCAUCUCAGGCUCUGCUGCGUCGGCUCUUGCGUCAGCGGGCACCACUAUUCUGGGUCUUUCUUGGCUUUUGCAAGCCACUGCGCAGGAAUUCUUACAGUCUAUUAUCUUCGUCUUUGUCAAACAUCCCUUUGAUGUGGGUGAUCGUGUGACGAUUUAUGGCAACACUGGCUCUAUGAUGAGAGGUGACGAUUACUACGUCCAGGAGAUCUCGCUUUUGUACACCGAGUUCAAGAAGAUGGAGGGUCAUGUUGUGCAGGCACCGAACUCGUUGCUCAACACCCUGUUUAUCCUCAACCAACGUCGAAGCAAUGGCCUGGCUGACCCAAUUGAGCUCAAGCUCCGCUUUGGUACACCCAACGAUGUUAUCGACGAGCUCAAGGCCCGUAUGCUGGAGUUCGUCACCGAGAACAAGCGAGACUACGCCCCGCGUAUUAUCACCGAGGUCCGAACUAUCGAUGAGGUGUGGUCUGUGACCAUGAACUUCAUCUUCUUCCACAAGUCCAACUUCCAAAACGAGCUGUUGCGCCUUCAGAGACACAACAAGUUUGCCGCCGAAUUGAUGCGCCAGAUGUCCGAGCUCGGUAUCGAGGGACCGCGCAAGAUGGAGCCUGGUGGAACAAAGGACUUUCCCUUUUACUGGGCCUCUAUUCAGCCUCCUGCGUAUCAAGAUGGUCAUGACCGCCAGCGAGAUAUUUCUCCUGCUCCACAGCUUGCUAGCCCUGUACUGCAGCGCCGCCGAGCAGAGACGAGUGCACGCGCAUUCGAUGCUGGCCCCGAAUUCCAGGACGUCUUCGAAACCAGGAAGGAGCCGCAGAACCUCGCUCGUCUGCAGUCUAUCCGCAAUGCAUCCCCUGUCGCGCCCCGUGCGACAGGAAUCGAUCGUACCUCUCUGGAAAAGGUGCGAAGCAGUGAAAGCGACACGGCCCGAAGGCGUGGCAUCUUCGGCCGGCCUCGAAGUGCCUCUCGGCCACAAGGCCCUCCGGCUCCUCCUCCCCCUCCGCCCGGCGGUCCGAGCGAUAUGGUGUAG